CUUGUGUCUGCCCCGCAUUGAUUCCGCCUGUGUCAGGCUCUUAUCACUAUAUCCUCUUGUUCAGCCUCUCUCAUCGCUCUUUGUUUGCGUUUGGUGGCAACGUGACGAAGUAGCCGUGAAGUUGAUUCUGUUCACUGAACACCCUACAAGAUGAAGCCGGAUUGCCGUAUCUUCACCUUCUUGAUUUUAUCUUUUACUUUAUUUCAAGAUACUCAAGGAAACGACUGUCCUGAGCGGGUCCCUAACCCGGGCCGGGAAUGCCAGAAGGCGUGUCACCCGGAUGACAACCCCUGCAAGAGUGGACGGAAAACGUGCGAGUGUGAUGGCCUAUGUGGUUAUAGCUGUAUAAGCCAGAAUCAUAGAUGUGAGAACUUGGCGAGAACGAUCCCCAAUGGGCGUGUGAACAUCAAGCCCCAGAACAUGUUCGGGGGAAUUGCCACCUAUGAGUGUGAAUGGGGGUACGAAAUCCGGGGUCAGAAGGACCGGGUGUGUCGGGGGGACGAGAAAUGGGAAGGAGAGGCCCCCAGUUGUGUCCUGUCUAAAGGAAGCGGUCAGCCAAUACUUAGUAAAGAGGGCUGUAACUCCCCUCCCGUCAUAGAAUACGCCAUCCACAACGGACGGGAACUGGGGGAGGGGGAGCGAUACCCCUCGGGGACCAUGCUCGAGUACUCCUGUAUCGAGGGCUUCAUGAGGGGCUCAGACUAUGUGGAGAGGGCGUGGUGCAUUGCGGAUGGGGAAUGGGUCGGACCAAAGAUGGUUUGUCAAGCUGCUGGCUGUCCCAAGCCCCCAGAGCCACUGAAUGGAGGGGUCAUAAUCCCUGCCUCAACAGGGGUCAAUGCUGUUGUCAGGUACUACUGUAAUCCGGGCUUUGAGCUUAUCGGAAGGUCAGAGCGCAUCUGUGAAUCAGACAGCACAUGGACAGGAAAUGAGCCUCGAUGUGAAAAAGGAGGGAGUGAAACUUGUGGCCCGCCUCCGUACGUUGUGCGAGCCUUCCACGACUCUGAGGGGAUCUCGAGGUUCCCCCUGGGGAGUCAGGUCACUUACCGGUGUCAGGACGGGUUCACGCUGACAGAGAGGUUUGCCCACACCCGGGCCUUGUGUGACCACGGGGAGAGGUGGGAGGGCCCACGAAUGUCCUGUAAACCGGUUGAAUGUGGAUUCCCGAACACGGUGGAGAACGGACGCAUCACCGGGAUAGACUUCACCUACCCCCACACCGUACAGUUUGUGUGUAACGAGGGAUACCGGCUGGUUGGAAACGACAGUACCACGUGUCAGGCCAGCGGCCAGUGGUCCACCGAGUCCCCCACCUGUUUGGCUAUCGACUGCCCUUCCCUACAGGCCCCGGUGGGUGGGAGGAUACGGGGCUCCGGUAACGCGUUCGGCACCGUCCUACGGUUUGAGUGUGACGAUGGUCUACAGUUGGAGGGCUCCAUUGAAAGACGAUGUCUGCAAAAUGGAGAAUGGAGCGGAAAUGACGUCAAAUGCACAGCAGAAAUCGACUGUGGCUGGCCAAAAAACUUCUGGAAUGGUUACGUUCUCGGAGAGAAGACCACACUAGGCUCCACUCUUUUCUUUAGCUGUGUGGUAAGAACGACGUUUGAUGGGUCUUACUUUGAGACAAAAUGUGUGAGCCCCGGACAAUGGUCCAACCCGCCGCCGACAUGCUGGGGCCAGUGCUCCAUUCCAAACAUCGAAUUUGCAGACAUUAAUGGCUAUCCAGUGGGGACUUGGAUCAACCACGGAAAAACUUUUGAGUACACCUGUAAAAACGGGCUGGUUCCGGUCCAUUCAAGCAUUGUGACAUGUUAUAACGGGACCUUCAAUCCCGGACCGCCAAAAUGUGUCCCGGCGCCCUGUCCUUCUCCCCCGCCUUACGUAGAGAACGGGAUCCGCCUCUUCAUUGGACAGGAACACGGCCGCCGGGCGCGCUACAUCUGUAACAAUGGCUUCCGUCUGUCGGGUAUGACCCAGAGCUCGCCCUAUCUGAUCUGUGACAAGGGCCAGUGGAAGGGCGGUAACCCUGCAUGUCAGGAAUUCUAUUGUCCGAAUCCCGGGACUAUCACAAACGGGAAAAUCUACAAGAAGGAACCGAACAACAUCCGGUUUAACUUCCCCCGGUACAUUACGACCAUCAAACACGGACAGCGCCUCGAGUUCAAGUGUGAUCCCGGCUACCAGAUUUCCGGGGCCAGUGGCGCCACCUGUAUUAACGGCCAGUGGAUUCCUCCGCUAGGGGACGCUGCGUCCCACUGUAAGCCCCAGCAGUACCUCCCCAUCCCCCUCCGAUGGACCCCCAUACCAAACAGGAAUUUCUACGAAACAUGAGACAAUUUUUUUAUAUUCCUACAAGGGUUCAUUUGUUGGAAUUUUACUCUCGAAGUCAACAGUGCCUUUCUGUGAUGUGUCCUUACGUCAUCAAACCAUGUCGUACAAUGUCUGUGUAUUCAUGAGUAUUUUAACAUUAUCAGUCUAUUAGUAUCUCGAUUUUUUUUUUAUUUAAUAUCAUUUUUUGCAUUAAAUAUACUUAUGAACAGAAACCGCUAUUUUCGUCAUGCGAUUCUUAUCAUCCAUUAAGAUUGGGCUCGAACUCUUUACGCUUCCAGGAAUGUAGUUGAUAAAAGAAGUAUAGUAAAAUAAUAAUAUAUUCACUGACAACGAUAACCUAAACCCUAUAGUCAAUUAUAAUAAACUUUAAAUAUUUCUGAGUUGAAAUUCGUUGAAAAAGUAUUGCGCCUCUCUCUCUCUCUUUCUCUCUCUCUCUUUCUCUCUCUCUCUCUCUCCACACAACAAUACAAGUUGUCUCGCUUAUACUGUUGUCCAUUUACGAAAAAAAGAAAAAAAAACAAGUCACUUUCUGUGUUGCAAUUUUUGUCAUGAUAUCAAACGUACAAGUUUCUAGUUUUUGAUUUAUUGAACAAGGUUUACCGACCGGUUGGUUGUUUUUUACAGGGAAUGGUUCGCAGAUCUUUCUAUAAAUAAAAAGAACAACAACCUCGGAUAAUCGUAUUUAUAUUGAAAAGUCAAACACCUGAACUAACUUACUUUUAAUCACAGAGGCCUAUCAUGAUUUUAACAAGAGUUCUUACACAGGCAAUGGUUGGUACAUAAAAAAUGUGGAAAUACGUACAUGUGCAGUAAUUAACUCUACAUUAUUAUAAGAUGGAAGUAAAUUCUAAAAUUAACUUUGCGACAAUUGAAUAAUUUCUUGAAGUCGAAUGACUCUUAGACUGUUCCGGCUAUUCUGCAUGCUCUUUUACUUCUGAUCGUAAAUACAGAAUAUCUAAGUACUGUUAUUUUGAAUGUAAAUACAGUAUACUACAUGUAGUAUCUAACUACUUUACUUUUAAUCGUUAAUGCAGAACACCUAAAUACUAAAUCGUUCGUUAUCCUGGAAGUUUUCCUAACAGACCCUAAUAUGGUUAAAAAUACGUCAAAUUUUCAUUUAUUUAUUUUUCAAUUUUAUACUGUAAACUGUAUUUUUGUCCAUCGGAAUUUUUUCUUUUAAAUACAUGUACGUGAAAUUUGUAGUAAAAUGUCACCAAAAAAGUUGUUCAUUUUAUUUGUUUGUUCCAGGGAUUAUAUGAAAAUCUAAUUUUGAAUUGUUUCAUCUCCUCAAAUUUUCCAUUAAAUAUAAGUAUUUAAAUUUCCGACACUUCUUUUUGUAUGUUCCUUUAACAAACUUAUAUGUAAAUCCGAACCUUGCUUUGUUAUAAGCAGAGAGACUUUCAUUUUAUCAUUGUUAAUAAUUUACCAUCUUUACACCCUCAAGAUACAAUUUUCUAUCACACGAACAUUACUAACAGUGUUAAUUAUUGAAAAACAAUGUAUAUUAAAGUGUUUCAAUUUUCAAAAAGACUAAUUAAAAAAAAAACCCUGUGUAAAUCAUUCGCAGUUGAUUUAAAAAAGUAUCUGUUUUAUUACCAGUACUUAUAUAUUUAUUUAUUAUAUGUGUUUUUUGCACAUUAUAAAAGAGCAAAUCUAACAUUGUUUCUUUUAUUAAAAAGUGCAAUCACAGGA